AUGGAGAUUAAUGAACAACAAUCAAGCGAGUUUUCUGGAGUAAUAAGGAACGUCAAGUCGUUUCUGAGCUUGAUAAAAUGUAUAAACAUAAAGAAUAUAGCUACGUGUUAUAUAUACGAUGAAGGAAUGACAUUAACAGUAGAAGAAUCUCGAUGUGUAAAAGCAACUGCUUACUUCAGAAGACACAUGUUUCAAGUAUAUUCUAAGCAAGCCAAUACAGAAAUCCCCAUGUUUGGAUUACCGUUGAAUGCAUUGAUUGAUUGCUUUGGACUAAUGGUUCCUCACACGAGUAAUUCGAAAUCACAAGUAGACAGCUGUGAGAUUCGAUAUAAUGGACCUGGAUCUUAUUUAAUUCUCAAACGAUUUGAUAGAGACUUUGGACAGACAAUUCACUGUAAAUUAAAGCCUAUGGAGCCACAAGAAGAAGAUGUAGACACUAUAUUAACAGGAACAAACACCAACAAUCAAAAAAUGAUAUUAAAGUCUGAUUGGUUAAAGAGCGUAUUUGAAGAUUUAGACAAAAGUCAUCAGAGGAUAACCCUCAGCUUUUCACCAAAUGAUCCAUCAUUGACAUUAACAGCCAUUGGACCAACAAGUAAAUGGGAAUCAUCUUAUCCUCAGAGCUCAGAGCCAUUUAUCAGUUUUGAAUGCGAUCGAGAGUUAACAUUUAGUUAUCAAUAUGACCAUAUUAAACUAUGCAAGAGAGCUUUGGAACACUCAAUUGAAGUCUCUAUUGAAGUAUCACUUAAUGGAGUACUCUACUUACUCUUUCAAAUUGAAGGGAGUAGCAGUACAAAAGAUUAUAUUGAAUUUACAUUUUUACCUAUUGGCUCCACAACAAACUAA